AUGGCAAAUGUAGCGACUCCUCGGAAGGAUACCACAAGAUGUGAUGAGUCGCGUCCAUCGUGUCAGAAAUGCAUUCAUGCUGGGUGGACAUGCGAUGGCUAUGCGAUACCUCUUCACAAGCCAAAAGUGGGCAGCAUCGGAGCUGCAUUAACAAUUGUAGCGAUGUCCACAACGCACGUCAAGAAUUAUGCGAUACCGUUCAAGAUACCAGGCUCGCAACAGGAUCGGAGAGUUUUGCAUUACUUUUGUGUGCAAGGCUGUGCUGAUAUCUCAGGGUACUUUAACACUCAGUUCUGGGACAAGGAGAUCCUCCAGUGGUGUCAUCGCGAGCCUGUUGUUCGGCAAGCACUUGUCGCACUCUCUUCUCUUCACCUCAAUCAAACCACAGCCAUACCAUCAGAUCGCCAAGUCAUAGAUGGUGAAGUUAUUGGCAAAUAUGGCAAAGCUCUCCGUGCACUCGGAAGACGCAUAGAGCAAUCUGAUUUCGAAGCGAUGACUACAGCCCUGAUCUGCUGUGUUCUAUUCUAUUGUGUUGAAGCGGGUCUCAACAAUGCUGAGGCGGCAAUGCGCCACCUAGAGCAUGGUCUUACUAUACUCAAUUCUAAUCCUGCGAGACAGCUCGAGAACUUUAGUACAGUGGGCCGGGUUCUCAACGGUCUGGAUCUACAGGCCACGCUCUUCGACGACGCACGCACGCCACGUGUGGACCUUGCAUACGCACUCGGACUCGAGGAUGUCAACACCGGCAACGCCGCGGCUUUUCCACAUCUUGACGAAGCUCAUCAUGGCCUGCUUGUAAUAGAGAAUCUGCUCUUUCGCUUCCUGACCGUUAACAUGCCAUACAAAUCUUCAAUCAGUUGUCAGCUGCCAGCAUCCGUGCAAACUGAGAAAAUCCAACUGAUGCAGUACCUACAUAUCUGGCGACAGAAGUUUGACCGAUUUUGGACCAAUAUCUGUCUCGAUGCUGAUAUUAUCCCGCAGACCCUCUCGUAUUCGGGCAAAUCCCCAACUGGGAAGCUAGUCAGAUCUUGGAUCUGUCCGAAGGUUUACUGGAGAGGCGCAAGUCUAUGA